AUGCAUGUAGUUCUGGUGUGCAGCCGCUGGGGGCAGUGUGACUACAGAAGCUCCUGCACUUUACUGAUUCCCCUGACCAUCACCAUGGGGAAUGCGAUUGCCAACCUCUUCAGCUUUUUCGGGAAAAAGGAGAUGAGGAUCCUGAUGGUGGGUCUGGAUGCUGCUGGAAAGACCACCAUUCUUUACAAGCUCAAACUGGGAGAGAUUGUCACAACUAUUCCCACAAUAGGCUUUAAUGUUGAGACUGUGGAGUACAAGAAUAUCAGUUUUACUGUGUGGGACGUUGGUGGUCAGGACAAAAUUCGUCCAUUGUGGCGUCACUAUUUCCAAAACACACAAGGCCUGAUCUUUGUUGUGGACAGUAACGACAAAGAGCGCUGCGGCGAGGCGCGUGAGGAGCUCAUGAGGAUGUUGGCUGAAGACGAGCUCCGCAACGCUGUGCUGCUGGUGUUCGCCAACAAACAGGAUCUUCCAAACGCCUUGUCUGCUGCGGAGCUGACGGACAAACUGAACCUGCACUCUUUGCGCAACAGACACUGGUACAUCCAGUCCACCUGCGCCACAUCCGGAGACGGCCUCUACGAAGGCCUGGACUGGCUCUCCUCCCAACUGAAAAGCACCAAAUAA